AUGAACCCACUGACACCUGCUGAUGUCACCUCCUACCUAGAAGGAGCUUCACUUCCACAGCCAGAGGCUACAGGUGAUUGAGCAAGUGUGUGUGUGUGUCCAUGCGAAUCUCACAUCUCGCUUUCCACGAACUAUAGGUCACAACGUGACACAAACGAGCUCUCACUGUCCUAAGUGCGUCCCUGGGGCUCAGGGGGGAAGCGGAGGAGGAAUUGGCGAGGCGAGAGAUAAGGGGAUAAGAGCUGUGUGCGUGUUGACUGUUCUUUAACUUUCUCUCUAUUUCUCUGUCUGUCUGGCUGUUUGUCUGUCUGUCCCACAGUACGACUACACGAAAGUAUCUCAGAGGAAGGCUUCCAUUACCUCGUCUUUGACCUGUGAGUAUACUGAUACCUGUCAGCCAGUCCCACUGCUCUCUCUGGCCCAUGUACUCUCACAACUCUCAUACUUAAAGGUGCUUAUAAUGAUUACAUAUAGCCAUUACAUGUGGCCUAUGCAGCAAUCAAAGCCACAUGUUAUUCUCUGGUGUUAUAAGUCUGCUAAAUGACCAUAUAUUAUCAUUAAUACAUCCAAUACCCAAAACCAUCAGAAAUGCUCCUUUGUUUAGUUUCAGUAAUACAUAGUUUGUUAUUGUACUCCAGAGGCUGUGAUAGUGUGUAUGGUUAUCAGCAGGUCAAGUGGUGUAGACUGAGAGUCCUUUGUAGAGCACAGUCUAGUGCAGGUGUGUCAAACAAACGGCCCGGGGGGUCCAAUCCAGCCUGUGGGUGGUUUACGUAAAAAAAUUAAUAUAUAUAUAUACAGUACCAGUCAAAAGUUUGGACACACCAACUCACUCCAGGGUUUUUCUUUCUUUUUACUAUUUUCUACAUUAUAGAAUAAUAGUGAAGACAUCAAAACUAUGAAAUAACACAUAUGGAAUCAUGUAGUAACCAAAAGAGUGUUAAACAAAUCAAAAUGAAUGUUAUUCUUCAAACUAGCUACCCUUUGCCUUGAUGACAGCUUUGCACCACCCCCUUUGUUCAGGGACACAUUAUCCAAUUUCUGUUAGUCACAUGUCUGUGGAACUUGUUCAGUUUAUGUCUCAGUUGUUGAAUCUUGUUAUGUUCAUACAAAUAUUUACACGUGUUAAGUUUGCUUAAAAUAAACGCAGUUGACAGUGAGAGGACGUUUUUUUUUUUUUGCUGAGUUAUAUAAAGAAUUGUGGGGGGGGGACAAAGUCAAUAUACUUUAAAAUGACUCAAACCAAAUUGAAACUGUGUAUGAUAAUGGCCCUACAUUUAUACAGUUACUUGACUGUGUUUGUCCAGCUCGCUAAUAAUCACUGAAAUUAAAAGCUAGACAGUCAGGGAGAAUAGAAAAUUCUAAAAACGAUGGAUAGAGGAUAAUUUUUUUCUAAUUUUGACCUCGUUGAAGAGCUAAUGCGGCCCCCAGGGCAAAAUGAGUUUGACACCCCUGGUCUAGUGGGACUGUUCUGAUAGCGUGAGAGGACAGGGUGACAUGUCACCACGCAGAUAGCACUGUGUAACUACAGGGCAUUCCAGAGAGGGGUUAACACCCUAGCCCCAAGUGUUGGUAACAUUCUUCCUCUACCAAAACACUUUCUUAAUUACACAAAAUUGUAUUUUGCAUAAACCAUACUUUUGUGUGUGUGUGCGUGUGUGUGCGUGUGUGUUUUGUGUGUCCAGUGGAACAUGCUCUCUCUGGGCUGUGUUCCCCGGUGGCUCUGGUAGACUGGAUGUGUGCCAUCAUACCAUCAUGGUUCCAGACUGGUGUCCAUGUGUCGACUAAGCUGUUGUUUCUCUCCUUCCAGUGUCACCGGUGGAGAGCUGUUUGAAGACAUUGUUGCCAGAGAGUAUUACAGUGAAGCUGAUGCCAGGUGGGAACACACACCCCUGUGCACAUAUGCACACAUAUUUAAAACACACACUCCUACUAUACGCACACACAUACAGUGCACACUGUCAUUCUACAUCUGUUGCUCCGCAGCCUAAAUUUGUUUAGGCUUCACUUGGACAAUUGUGUCUGUGCCAUCACCCAACUGUGUCUGUACCAUAACAUGUUUUUUGGAGACCUUUGCACGUAUGAACAUAACAGUGGAGGCUGCUGAGGGGAGGACGGCUCAUAAUAAUGGCUGGAACGGAGCGAAUGGAAUGGUAUCAAACACAUGGAAACCAUGUAUUUGAUACCAUUCCACUAAUUCUGCUCCAACCAUUACCAUGAGCCCGUCCUCCCCAAUUAAGGUGCCACCAACCUCCUGUGGAACAUAAUGUUCAUUGACAUUGUAUAUAACUAUACAGUUCCACACUCAUGCUUUCCUCCCUAGGCUGAGUAUUGUCCUGGCAGGGUGUUUGUGUGCACAUGGGCUGUGUGGAAGAGAGUGUGGGCCAGGGGUGAGUGUGGCUGUCAGAGGGGGAAGGCAGACAGUAUGUGGACAAUAUGGAGGCUCUGGCCCAGAGGCCUGCAUGGCUCUGUUCUGGCUGCGAAGAGUUUCUCUCCAGGACAGAAUCUGGGGCCGGGCUCAACCACGCUGCCUGAGCUGCUCAUUUAAUCAAGCAAAAUGGGAUGCGAGAGAAUAUGAUAGGGUGCAAAAUGCCUCCGGGAGUAUGACUUUUCACAAGUACAGGGAAAGGAGGGGGAGGAGAGGGGGUGAUAGAGAAAGAGAUGAACAGGGAGAGAGACUGGAUAGCCAGAGGGUGAAGGAGGGAGAGAAAAAGAGGAGAGGAGACAAGGAGGGAGGAUAAAGAAUUUGGGGUAGAGUGAGAAAAUGUGUAAGCUAGAUAAGCAGCCUAAUCACUAGAAUUCGAUGUUGGACAUUUGAAAAGGUCCAGAGAAUGUCGAUAUAUGCCUUCCUCAGCACUCGUUAUGCUCAGUGCCGAAGCACACUGCUCAGGCCACUGCUCUAUGGCAGUUUACAAUGCUCUAGCAAGCCGUGAGAAUAUUUGAUGAUACUUGAUGGGAUGAGGUCAGUUGGUUUGCAGAGCCUUCCCCGAACCAUAGCCCUAACCUGAAUGCCUAAACUGUUAACCUUUGAGUUGUUUCUGUUUUAACCCUGUAACGUACGGUAUUAACCCUGUAACCACACAGAAUUAUUGCGUCAAAAAUAGACGUUCAUCAAUAAUACGUAGAAUUUCGAAGGGAUCCUGGUUCGAAUCCAGGCUCUGUCGUAGCCGGCCGCGACCAGGAGACCCAUGGGGCGGCGCACAAUUGGCCCAGCGUCGUCCAGGGUAGGGGAGGGAAUGGCCGGCAGGGAUGUAGCUCAGUUGGUAGAGCAUGGCGUUUGCAACGCCAGGGUUGUGGGUUCGAUUCCCACGGGGGGCCAGUAUGAAAAAAAUAAAAUAACAAUACUAACUGUAAGUCGCUCUGGAUAAGAGCGUCUGCUAAAUGACUAAAAUGUAAAUGUAAAAUGUAAAUGUAAACUAUGAGUUCUUGUUGAGAUAAGGAGAGAGGAGAGUGAAGGAGAAAAACGGGUGGAAACGCGUGUGUGUGUACACACAUGCCUCCUUGAGACAAAGAAGGAGAGAGAGAGAGCGAGUGAGAGGGAGAGAAAGAGAGAGAGGAAGACUUUUACUGGGAAUGGCAGUGCUGGUGCCUGUGUAGUGGGAUGGAAUGGAAUGCAGGGCACAGAUUUGGCCAAAUUUGGCCACAAUACAUGCUUUUCUCCUGAUUACUCUGAACGAAAGGAUAUUUCAUGAGUACCACGCCCCCUGGGACCCUGUCUCUCAUAGUAUCAACUAUUCUCUCUCUCUCCUUCUUUUAUUAUUCAUCCCCUCUUCUCGUCUUCUUCCUCCACUUUUAAAUCCAGUCUGACUAGAUGAAAAGGGGAUGUUGCUUUCAAGGCUUGUUUGAUGUAACACAGCACAUAGCAGCCUCUUUUUUUAAGUAAUACAAUGUGUAAGAGAGUGUAAAGACAGAGUAUAAAUAAAUGUUGAACCAACACAUAUUAAAAAAUACUAUAGUAUACUAUGGUAUAAAUACUAUACUAUUCACUGUAGUGUUUUUGCAGACUUUACUAUAGUUGUCACGUUCGUUGAGUACAGGAUUGGACCAAGGUGCAGCGUGGAAUGCAUACAUGUUUAUUCACGAAGUUAACACACGACAAAAACAACAAACGCAACGUAACGUGAAGCUCACAAUGGCUACACACAAACAAGCCAAACAAGAGUCAAGAUCCCACAACAUAGGUAGGCAAAAUAGCUACCUAAGUAUGAUCCCCAAUCAGAGACAACGAUCGACAGCUGCCUCUGAUUGGGAACCACACCCGGCCAACAUAGAUCUACAAACAUAGAAUGUCCACAUAGAAAUACACACCAUAGAUAUACACAUAGAAAUUCACACCCUGACCAAACCAACGAGAAACAACCGGCAUUAAAAGGUCAGGGCAUGACAAUAGUAUUCACUGUAGUGUUUUUGCGGUACAGUGAAUAGUGUAGUAUUUACUGCAGUAUACUAUAGUAUACUGUAGUAUUUACAGUUAACUAUAGUAUAAAUACUGUAGUAAAAUAAAACUGUAGUAUGCACUGAGUAUACCAAACAUUCAAAACACCUUCCUAAUAUUGAGUUGCACCCCCUUUUGUCCUUAGAACAGUCUCAAUUUGUUGGGCAUGGAAUCUACAAUGUGUCGAAAGCAUUCCACAGAGAUGCUGGCCCAUGUUGACUCCAAUGCUUCCCACAGUUGUGUCAAGUUGGCUGGAUGUUAUUUGAGUGGUGGUCCAUUCUUGAUACACACGGGAAACUGUUUAGCAUGAAAAACCCAGCAGCGUUGCAGUUCUUGACACAAACCAGUGUGCCUGGCACCUACUAGAAUACCCCAUUUAGAGGCAUUCUCCUUGAGGAAACUUACUUUAGAAAUACUAAAAUAGCACAUUUUCCAUAACCUGUAUGUAGCUAGGACUGGGUCUGAAUGGAUAGUUCAGCGCUUCUGCUUUUUUCUAUAACUAUAUUUACUGUGUAGUGUUUUUGUGGACUGUAGUAGUAUUUACUACAGUGUUUUUUUCGAUGAUACUGUAGUAUUCACUAUUGUAUUCUACAGUAUAAUACAUUCUAAAGUAAGUACUACACAUGAUCGAGGGAUACUACAGUGUGUAGUAUAGUAUUUUACAGUAUACUACAGUUUACUACAGCAUUCUAUAGUAAGUACUGUAUUAUUCUGUAGUAAACUGUAGUAUUUUUCAUGUGGGAAAGACAAGGAAACAGACCAUGUACUAUCAAACCCACUUCAAGUCGAUAAUGACCUUAUUCACCAUUUAGCCUAGUAGGGGGCUGUUUUACCCACAGACCUUACAAAACUACAGAUAAGUUACUUUGGCACCGGCAAUGUGUAGAGUAGGGCCAAAAAGCACCAACUUCAGUGUGACUUAAAAUUUGCCCAUCUAGAUGGAAUAUAACUGUGUGUGUGUCCAGACAGAUUGUGGGGAGGAUAUGACAUGGUUAAUAUAUCUACUGUCUCGCAGGCUUUUGGUUUAAUAGAAAACAGCACCAUUGGGGGAAAGGGCUGAGGCUAGCGAGGUUCCUCUGGCUCCACACAGAAUCCUCUGCACAGUUGCUCUUCCUCUCUCUUUCUUUGUCUCCCUAUUUGCUCUCUUUCAGUCUCUCUCUGUCUGUUUCACUCAACAACAAAAAAAUAUCAUUUAAAAAAAUGUAUAUUACCCCCUUUUUCGAUCUUGUCUCAUCGCUUCAACUCCCCAGCGGCUCGGGAGGCAAAGGUCGAGUCACGCGUCCUCCGAAACAUGUCCGGCCAAUCCGCGCUUCUUAACACCCGCCCGCUUAACUCGGAAGCCAGCCGCACCAAUGUGUCGGAGGAAACACUGUUCACUUGAUGACCAAGGUAAGCCUGCAGGCGCCCGGCCCGCCACAAGGAGUCGCUAGAGCGCGAUGAGCCAAGUAAAGCCCCCCCGGCCAAACCCUCCCCGAACCCGGACGACACUGGGCCAAUUGUGCGCCGCCCUAUGGGACUCCCGAUCACGGCCGGUUGGGAUACAGCCUGGGAUCGAGUGGCGCAGUGCUUUUGACCGCUGCACCAUUCGGGAGGCCCACUAUCUCUGACUCUAUCUUUGUCUGCCUCUCUCUCAGCCUGUAGUUCUAGUUCACUGUUUCUAAUAAUAACAAACAGCAAUAGUCAUGAAUUGGAUUGAUUUUGCAAUCCUGCAAGUGCUCAAAGUGCUUAAAUGACAAGGGGAAACUCACCUCAUCUGAUCCAUAAACCAGUAGUUUCUGAACCAUGCCUGCUCCGUACUGUGUAUUGUGUGGUGGUUGUGAUGUGUCUGUGCAUUGACGUGUGUGUUCUGUAUCCUGUGUCUCCUUUCUCUGCAGCCAGUGCAUCAAUCAGAUCCUGGAGAGUGUCCACCACAUGCACCAGCAUGACAUUGUGCACAGAGACCUCAAGGUGAGUCAUCUAUCACCAUGGCAACACAACACCUGGGGGGGCUGCGUCAUCAUGCCCCCGCCCCCCAAAUCCCCCCCACUGGCAACCCAACCGACGCAUAUGCACACAUGCGUGUAUACGUAA